UGGGUUCCCAUGGUUAUGCCUCAAUGGAUUCUUUUCCGGGUUUUAUCUCCAUUAGAAUAUGAAGGUUUAACGUUGACCCAUCAAACUUAUUAAACUUAUUAUAACUCUUCUGUUUCACUAGAACUAUACUACUAUACUUGGUCAGCGAACGACCCAAACAGCCUAUGUUAAUAAUUAGCCAGGUAAUAUUUGGUAGUAUUUGCUAGCUAACUAUACUACUAAAUCACUAAUGAAUCCAAAUGUUACCAUAUGGUAAGCUAAUUUGCCAGGCAUAUGCAUGCUGUCACGAGUGAGGACCAGCUGAAGCGCGUUAUUCAUAGCAUAUAUGCUGCACGCCAAAAGCUAGCCACGCCACGCUGCUGUUGCUUGCUCCACUCCACAUUGCCAUGUCGUCGACCACGACCACCUCGCCAGCGUCCGGUGUCUCCGGCGAGGCUCCACCUCCGCGCAUCGUGGAGGACUGCCUCGGGCUCGUCCAGCUCAUGAGCGACGGCACCGUCAAGCGCGCGCCGGCCUCCCACGUCCUCCUCCCUGACGAGGAGCCGGCGCCGCCCUGCUUGGCCUCUGCCGACGAUGCGGCAUCGGUCCGAUGCAAGGACGUCGUCUACGACGAGGCUCGCAACCUGAGCCUCCGCAUGUACGUGCCAUCGUCCUCCAGGGCGGGGAACGGCGGCGCCGAGAAGCUCCCGGUGCUGGUCUACUUCCACGGCGGCGGCUUCAUCGUCGGCAGCUUCGCGUCGCCGGAGUUCCACGCCGCGUGCGCCCGCCUCGCCGCCGCGCUCCCGGCCGUGGUGCUCUCCGCCGACUACCGCCUGGCCCCGGAGCACCGGCUCCCCGCGGCGCUCCAGGACGCCGACGCCAUCUUCUCCUGGCUCGGCGCGCAGGAGCAGCAGGCUGCGGCGGGCGGGGGCGCCGACCCGUGGCUCGCCGACGCGGCGGACCUGGGCCGCGUGUUCGUGUCGGGCGACUCGGCCGGCGCCAACAUCGCGCACCACGCCGCCGCGGCGCCGGGGCGGCGCCUCGCCGGGUGCGUGCUGCUGUGGCCCUUCUUCGGCGGCGAGCGGAGGACGCGGUCGGAGGCGGCCUGCCUGGGAGACGCGUUCCUGACGCUCCCGCUGUACGACCAGAUGUGGCGCCUGGCGCUGCCGGCGGGGGCGACGCGGGACCACCCGGCCGCGAACCCGGAGGUGGGCGAGCUCCCGCCGCUGCUCGUCGCGGCCGGCGACCGCGACAUGCUGAUCGACCGCAUCAGGGAGUACGUGGCGCGGGCGCGGGCGCGGGCCGCCGCCGCGGGCAACAGGCGCGUCGACCUCGUCGAGUUCCCUGGCGCGGGGCACGGGUUCGCCAUCCUCGAGCCCGAUGGCGAGGCUGCGGGUGAGCUAGUCCGCGUCGUGCGGCGGUUUGUGCAUGGCGGAUGAGACAGGGAGUCGUUGGGAUUUGUCCGGACACCUCUCUCGUCACGCUUCCAGGUGCCAGCCAGCCUGCCACCACCAAACGUGACAUGGUUCAUGGUUGUAUCUCUCUCGUGAUCUUGUCCAAGUGCAAUGUGCAUGCACACCACAAUAAUUAUCGUAAUUAAUAAAUAUGCACACAACAAUAGUAUCUUUUAUUA